UGCAUUAUUAAUUGAUUUAAAAGGAGACAUCACAAGUUGAACCAGUUCGAAAUUGAUGUCUGUUCAUGAUUAAGAAAAAAAUUUCAAAUCUUUAUCUAAAAUUUAAUCAACAAAAAAAAAUUUUCAAUGUACUAAUCUGGUGGCUGCAAACAGAAAUAAAAAAAAAAUGAUCAAAUCAUGUAAAGGAAAACCAACUGAAGAAUAAUAACUGUAUAUGAAAUGAAAUGAAUGACGAGUACACCAUGAGCGACUUUGAGGAAAUGUUUUUUUUCGAAUUUUUUUUUUUUGCCGAUUGAUUAAAACGACAAGAGUAUUACGCAUUCAGAUUUAAAUGUUCGUUAUUAUUAUUAUUAUUUCUAAUCAAUCAAAUAGGUGGUCAUAUCAUCUUGUUCGACACUUCAUACUGUUUGGUGAUUUGAAAACAUAACCACAGCCACAAAUUUUCAUGAGUACAACUACUCAUUACAUUCGAUUUGAUUUUCAACCAUAUCACCGUUUAUUGUAAAAUUUGGACCAAAAAUAAUCAUUGACAUUGUGGUGAUAUCGCCAUAUUGACAUAUUCAAUUUAUUUAUUUUUUAUUCGUCAUCAUCUUCAUCUUCUACAUCAUCAUCAUCAUCAUCAUCGUUACUCUGAAUGAUGUCGAAUAUUACGAAACCAAAAGAAGUGAUAUUAUCACGAUGGUAUUUUGGUGGUCUAGCAUCGGCCGGUGCCGCUUGUUGUACACAUCCAUUGGAUUUAAUCAAAGUUCAUUUCCAGACUGCUUCAACGAAUAUAACGGCCGGACAACGGCCAACAAUGAUGUCAACAACGGUUAGAAUAGUGAAAACUGAAGGUUUAUUAGCUUUAUAUAAUGGACUGACUGCAUCAUUACUUCGACAAUUGACCUAUUCGACAACACGUUUUGGCAUAUAUGAAGUGGCUAAACAACAAAUUUCACCUGAUGGAUCACCAAUCCCGUUAUACCAAAGAAUAUUUUUGGCCGGAAUUUCUGGUGCUGCUGGUGGUCUUGUUGGGACACCAGCCGAUAUGAUAAAUGUUCGUAUGCAAAACGAUAUUAAAAUGCCUGCCAAAGAUCGACGAAAUUAUAGAAAUGCCAUCGAUGGUCUCAUUAAAGUUUAUCGAAACGAAGGUGCCAUGACAUUAUUCAAUGGAGCUUCAAUGGCAACAUCUCGUGCAAUCAUGAUGUCCAUUGGACAGCUUUCAAUGUAUGAUCAAUUCAAAUAUUUAUUACUCAAAUAUUUCCCAUCAAUUUUCGAGGAUAAUGUUACCACUCAUCUAUCAGCAAGUACAUUGACCGGUGCCGUGGCUACAUCAUUAACACAGCCACUCGAUGUACUAAAAACUCGUAUGAUGAAUUCGGCAAAAAAUCAGUACCGCAGUGUUGGCCAUUGUAUAACGGAAUUGUAUAAAGAAUCGGGAAUUUUUGGAUUUUUCAAAGGUUAUGUUCCAGCAUUCAUACGAUUAGCGCCGCAUACAAUUUUGACAUUUGUAUUUCUGGAACAAUUACGACUGAAUUUCGGUGUCCAUAUGUUUGUCGAAGACAAAAAACAUUAAUGCCAUAUAAUGACAAUCAUCAAUUUGUUUUCCGUAGUUUGUUUUUGUUUAUUUUUUUUUGAAAAAGUUUUAUUUUAUUGUUGAUAAAUUGAUAAUGCAAUAAGAAAUUUAGAUGUAAUUUAUUAUGAUUUUAGGAAUUUAAUUUACAAAAAAUACAAAUAUAAUGGAGUUUUAU